GCAACUAUGUUAGCAUAGCCGGGCUUGUAACUUCUAACCAAUCAGCGGAGCGCUUUCAGUAUUCUCCACUCCGGCACUACUGGUGUGCGGCUGCUGCAGUAGGUUUGUUUACCAGAGAAGGUGCCGUGCUGCUGGCUGUGUUACAGUAGGCGGCGAGUACCUUCAACUGGGACCUCAUGGCUUUCUGUAAGAAGGCAGUUGCGUUACAGCGUUCAUCUAAGGAGAGAUUUUCUCUGUUGCUGCUGGACCUGGAAGAAUACUUUUUUGAACAACACAUAGCCAGUCAAAUAUUCCAAGACACUGAAAACCGUGAAAGCAAAUGCUUGGGUUCACUUAAAAUAUGUUCAAAGUCUCUAAUUUUUGAGCCAGAUGAUACCUGUAAACCCAUAUAUAAGAUUGCACUGAGGGACUGUUCAAAAAUAGACGAACUGGAGAUGGGACAAGAUGAAUUAUUAUUCAAAAACAAAAAGCAGAGGAGAUUGAUUGUUUUGUAUAAUCAGGUGUACCUCAUUAAAGAGCAAAACAUAGUAGCGGCCUACAAAAUCGAACGUGGCAAAAAUGGUGUUGUCUUUGAGCUGGAGGAUUCUAGAAGGGUUGAUGAUGUUGUACAAACCUUGCUUCAGCUUCAGAGAGCUUCUCGCCUUGACAAGCUUGGAGAUCAAACUGCAAUGAUAACUGCUAUUCUCCAGUCCCGUUUGGCACGGACCUCAUUUGAUAAGAAAAGCUUUCAGAACCUCUUAGAAAUCUCAAACAUGGAAUGCGAAGCAGAAAUGGUUACACCACUUGUCACCAAUCCUGGACACGUGUGCAUCACCGAUAAAGGCCUCUAUUUCCAGCCGCUGAAUGGCUACCCAAAACCUGUGGUUCAUAUUAAUCUAUUGGAUAUACGCCGGAUAUAUAAGAGAAGACAUAUGCUGAUGCCUGUGGGUCUGGAAGUGUUUUGCACUGAAAAUGACCUGUGUUCCGAUAUAUACCUUAAAUUUUACAAUUCUACAGAUCGCGAUGAUCUCUACUACUACAUUGCAGCCUAUUUAGAGAAUCAUGUUACCGAACAGACAGCAGACAGCUAUAUGCUACAAUGGCAAAUGGGCCAGAUUUCAAACUACCAGUAUCUUUUACAUCUCAAUAACCUGGCAGACCGCAGCUGCAACGAUCUAUCCCAGUAUCCUGUUUUUCCUUGGACCAUAGCAGACUACACUAGUUCAGACCUGGAUUUAACCAUUCCUGAAACUUACCGGGACCUUAGUAAACCUAUUGGGGCUCUAAAUAACGAGAGGCUUGAAAGAUUGUUGAAACGAUAUCAUGAGAUGCCGGAUCCAAAAUUUAUCUAUGGCAGCCACUACUCUUCACCAGGCUAUGUACUCUUCUACUUAGUUAGAAUCGCACCUGAGUAUAUGCUUUGCCUGCAAAAUGGGAAGUUUGAUCACGCAGACAGGAUGUUCAACAGUAUUGCAGAUACUUGGAGAAACUGCCUAGAAGGAGUGACUGACUUUAAAGAGUUAACUCCAGAAUUUUAUGGAAAUGAAUCUGGCUUCCUUUUAAACAUGAUGCAUCUUGAUUUGGGGAAGCGACAAGGAGGAAAACUGGUGGAUGAUGUUGAACUCCCUCCGUGGGCAUCAGAUGCAGAUCAUUUCCUGAAGAAAAACCAAGAAGCAUUAGAAAGCCAGUAUGUAUCUGACAAUCUUCACGAGUGGAUUAAUUUAAUAUUUGGAUGUAAGCAGAGAGGAAAUGAAGCUGUGGCUGCUAGCAAUGUGUUCCAUCCAGUUACAUAUGAAGGAGAAGUUGAUCUGAACAGCAUUGAGGACCCUGAUCAGAAAGUUGCAAUGUUAACUCAGAUUUUGGAAUUCGGUCAGACACCAAAGCAGCUAUUUACUAAGCCUCAUCCAAAGAGAAUUGUCACAAAUUCUAAAAGUAUGUCACGCUCUUCCAGUCUGAAUGUGUCCACGGCUGAAUCCCCAGGUUCCUUUAGUGAGGAAUCCUUUGAAGACCUGACAGAAGAAAGCAAGUCUCUGGCUUGGGGCAACAUCACAAGGCUGCGAAUAGAAAGUGGGCACAAGAUCCAUAAAGAGUCUGUCACUGGCAUUGCGGUGUCCUGCAAUGGAUCAUCAGUCUUCACAACAUCUCAAGAUUCAACCUUAAAGAUGUUCUCUGCAAACCAGAAAUCUCUCCAAAGAAGUGUUUCAUUUUCCAAUAUGGCUUUGUCAUCCUGUACAGUGUUACCUGGAGAUACAACGGUCAUGUGCUCGUCCUGGGACAACAACGUCUAUUUUUAUUCAAUUGCAUUUGGGAGGAGACAAGACACUUUAAUGGGACACGAUGAUGCCGUAAGCAAGAUCCAGUGGUGUAAUAACCGGUUAUGUACUGCAUCCUGGGACUCCACUGUGAAGGUGUGGAACUGUGUUCCUGCUGAUGUUUCUGGUACAAAACGGAACAAUUUUGAUCUGUUGGCGGAAUUAGAGCAUGAGGCCGGUGUGAACACAAUCGGUCUGAGUUCUGACGGGUCCAUAAUGGUGUCGGGGACUAAAGAAGGUGCCGUGAGCCUCUGGGACCUUGGAUCAGCCACAAUGUUGCAUCAGGUUCCUUGUCACAAUGGAACAGUGUAUGAAGCAGCAUUCAGUCCUGAUAACAGACAUGUCCUGUCAACUGGUGAAGACGGCUGCCUAAAGGUCAUCGAUGUUCAGACAGGAAUGCUCAUCUCCUCUCUACCUUCUGGAGAAGUGCAGAGGUGUUUCUGCUGGAAUGGACACACAGUUCUGUCUGGGAAUGAUUCGGGUGAAUUGCUGGUUUGGGACCUGCUGGGAGGAAGAAUAACUGAACGAGUACCAGGACAUUCAGAUGCUGUAACCUGUAUAUGGAUGAAUGAUUCGUGCAACACCAUUAUCACAGGAGGAAUGGACCGACAGAUUCUGUUCUGGAAAUUACUCUACUGACGACUUUACCCCAGGAAUGAAGAUUUUACUUCCCACUUCCCCAACCCUUCUGUGCAAUCGUUUCUGCUUCAAGGACUGGGCCUUCAACUAUUCACUCACUACCACUAUGAUGUCUGCAGCCCAAGAAAAGGCCAUACGUGCAAUGAAAGAGGGUUAAUAGGUGACCAAGUUUAAAGCACAGGGUUGCCAUUGAUUUGCAAAUGAAGGGAAACAUGAUUGCAGUGAUCAGCACUAGUGUGAGAUACAUAUAUAUAUAUACAAUAUAUAUAUACACCUAUUGUGGCCAAUCAUAUCCCAGAAGUAUGAAUUACACGAGGUUACUCUAGGCAAGAAUAGCCAUACAAGUGAUAUCUGGAAUAGAUUGUUGCCUUAAGGGUGUAGCAGUCCAGGGUUCACAUUGUGAGCAGCUUGUGUUUCAUUGCUGAAGGUCCUGUCUUCAUUCAACACUAUGGGGUAGAUUUAUCAAGGGUUGAAGUCAAAAUUAAUAGGCCAAAAUUCUAUUCGAAAUGUAUCAUGUACUGUCUCUUUAAAACUUUGAUUUAUCAUGCACGGUGUCUCUUUAAAGACUUCGACCAUUCGCCAUCUAAACCAGCAAAAUUGCUGUUUUAUCCUAUUGGGGACCUCCUAGAACCUAUUUGGAGUCAUUCGCUGGACUUCGAAGUGUUUUGGGGCAAAUAGUUUGAUUCGAAUUCAAUCGAAUGCGCUAAAACUUUGAUUCGAAUACAGCCUAUUCACCCAAACUUCGAUUUUUUUGAAUAAUUUUUGAUGGGUUUUUUUCUAUUUGAAUUUCGAAGUUAUGGGAGUUCAAAAAAAAAAAAAAACCCCCAUUACUUGGAAAUUCGACCCUUGAUAAAUCUGCCCCUAUUUAUAAACCCUUGAGUAUUUUAGAAAGUUCUAAACAUAUUUUAAUAUGUGAAUCAUAGAGAAGGUUGUGUUUGUGUGCCGGAGGGGCAGGCUGUGUAAUAAUAAGUAUUGCUACAAGUAUUGCUAAAAUGAGUGGAUAGAAAGCCACAGCUUUAAUCAUGCUCCAGCUACACACAGACACACACACAGACACACACACACGCUUCUGCAGAAUAUAGGAACAUCAGUAUUGAGCAACUGUCGUUGCACUUUAACUCUCAAGCGCUUCUGGAAGACUUCAGCUCUUAGUCAUAUGCUGGGGGGAGGGAGGGGCAGAUGUUGCCCAGCUCUGCAAUAGGCAGUUGAAGGGGAACUAUCGCAAACAUGAAUGUAAUAUGUUUCCUCAUACUGAAAUAGGAAACUUUCUGAAUACAAUCAAUGAAAUAUUCUGUACUGUUUCUGAAAUAAUCAAGUUUAUAGUCACUAUCCCUCUCUCAGCAUCUGUUUCUCUUCAUUCUGUCUUCAUGCAGCAGUUGGGAGUCACUCUAUUAAAAGUAGACUUUUGUACUUACCGUUAAAUCCUUUUUCUCUAGUCCUACAUUGGGGGGGGACACAGGCACCAUGGGGAUGAAGCGCCUGUUGCUUGGAGAAAGGACACUAAAUGUUUAAAGUGGCUCCUCCUCCGGCUCUGGCUUCAUCCCCCGCCUACUUCCUCAAUCCUUCAGGAUCUUCAUCCCCCUGGUGCCUGUGUCCCCCCCCAAUCUAGGCAAGAGAAAAUCACCAGACAUCAUGUCUCUCUACAUGCAGAAUUUGUGCAAAAGGCAGUUAUUUUGUUUGUACUGGAAUCAGUUAUUUGAGUGAGGUCUAAUACAUCUGCUAGGAUAGGAGCCCCCCCUCUAUAAGAUAUAGUGGAUCUAAAGGUGCCUAUACACAGACAGAUAAAGCUGACGAUAUCGGUUGUUUAGACCAAUUUGACAGCUAAUCUGCCCGUGUAUGGGGGCUUCCGAUGGGUCUUUCCAA